AUGGGCCAGGACGCUCCGAACACGAGCGACUCUGCGUCCUCCAUCUAUUCUUACUCUACCCGCCUACUCAGAAAGGAGUCUCACUCAUCGACUCCUUCAGACCCCUCCGCCUACGAAGACAACACAGGUGGCCUUCGCCGUUCUGGCUCCGGCGCCAUGUUCGGCACUCACUCUCGCGUCAACAAAUCCGUUGACCUGGCCCGUGGGCGAUGGGAAGCCAAGAUUGAGGCUGCUAACGAGGACGGUUCCCAAUCAACGUUGGAGCGCACCCCAAGCAAGGCUCGGCCGCGCAGCACGAUGAUCUCGUCACGCGCCGGAGCCUUUGCUGAGCCCGCCCAGGAGAAACAGCAGGCUGCUCCCAGUCCGGCGCGCGAGGCUGAGCCGUCACCGCUUGCGCGGUCUGGCUCGCUGCGGGCUGCCAAGUCCUCAGUUGCCCCUACCGCUUCCAUGACCGAGCGUGACGAAACCACGGCUGAGGAGCCCACUACACCAGCUGAGCCUGUUCAUCAGUCCGGCAAGGCCACUUCCGAGUGCUCUACUCCGGUCAUGGCGCAGGAGCCGCCUGUCGCUGCUCCGACACCAGACAAAUCGCAGGCCGCCGCGACCCCGGACAAGACCGCCACCGCUGCUUCCCCGGUGCCUGCUCCUCAGCAACGCUCGCGGCCCCAGUCCGUUGCUGAUUUCUCCCCCGCCGCGGUUCCUCGCACACCUUCGUCACACAACCCCGAGGACACGCUGGCUGCGGCUCGAGCCAACGCCCUUCGUCGCCUCGAGGAACGCAAGAAGGCCGGUCUCGCCGUGGACGAGUUCAAGGUCGAGCUCGACCCACUGCCCGUAUUUGCGCCUCCUGCCAAUAUCCCAACACUGGAGAAGAUCUCCAUCACCCAUGUCAUCCCGCAGGCACUUCCUCCGCCACCCGAGCCAACCAUCAUCAAGGCACUUCCUACGAAAAACAGCCUGUUCGACAGGUCCUUACCGCCACCCCCAACGAAUCCACAAGAGCCCAAGUCCCGUACUGUCUCGGCGGAGAAGAGCUACACCCCUUCACCGUUGCCCAAGAGCCGCUCUAUUGAGAUCUCUACUCCUCCCAAGUCGGAUGCAGAGCCUCUGCCACAGCUCAAGCCGGUCUCGAAGGAGCCAAAGGAGCCGGCUCCUAGCACUGAUGUUGCUUCGACUUUGCCGAAGCUGCGACCGGUUUCGACUGCUCUCGACAACGGCAACAAGGAAAGCUCGACAGCGAAGUCUCUUCCUCAGCUGCGACCUGUGACGAAGGAGUCAAAGGAGCCGGUCUCGAAGCUCCCUGAUACGGAAGCGGCGGGGACGCUGCGCCGCCUUCGACCGGUCUCCACCUUCCCCGAGUCUAAGGAGAGCAACGGCCAGGAAGAGCUCCCGAAGCUUCGCCCCGUUACAAAGAAGGAGGAGGGGUCCAAGAAGCCUCGCCCGCAGCCUGUCAUGGCCACCAUUGAACACGUUGAAGCACCCUCGCCACGAAGGCUGCGUCCGGUCUCCGGGAGUGGAGAUAUCCAGGACAUCGCUGAGCCGAAAGAGGCGCCCCCUCUGCGCAAGCUGUGUCCCGCUUCGAUGUUCGGUGACUCGCGAGCUUCACCGGAGCCUGUCGAGGCCCCUUCCAUUCGCCGCCUCCGGCCAAACUCAAUGUUUGGUGAGUCGAAGGGCUCUCCCGAGCAGCCGGAGAUCCCUUCGAUCCGCAGACUUCGUCCUGUCUCCCUGGUUAGCGACCCCCGCGACAUCCCCGAGUCGCCAUAUGCUCAACAGCGCCUUCGCUCUACCCCGCCGAGCAAGACAGACAUGUCGCCUCCAAUCGCUGCCAAUGGAAAGUUCGAGGCACCUUCGCUGCGCAAGGUCAAGAGCAACACGAACACUGCGGAGCUGACUCCGCCCCGAGCGCUUCCUCAACCACCCCGGUCGCCCAGCCCCAGCCAGCUGGGACUUAACGACUACAGACACUCCAGCCCUGUCCGACCUGGUGCUUUGGAGGCCAAAUUGUCCGACCUGUCGCUCGAGCCCGGCAGCCCUCGCAAAUCGGUCCUUCUGCCUAAGAGUCCCGGUCGCGAAACUCCGCCUACGAAGUCGCCUCUCCGUCCCAAGUCGCCCACCAAGGAGGCGUACACGAAGGUUUUGCGGCCCAAGACGCCCACUCGGGAGGCUAUUACCCCCGAGCCCCGCUCGCCUAUGGUCGCAAGCACCAGUGCGGCUGCCACUCCUGAACGUCAAGUGCAGCGACCUGUUCAGAACGGCACGCCUACCAAGCAAACUCCCUUGAAGCCGUCGCCCUUUAACUCGCCAUUCGGCAAGAACGAGGCCCCCCUCAAGUCUGUGAUCCCCCAGUCUCUCAAGUCCGAGGCUCCUCAAGACAGCCCGAGCCCUUCCAAGAAGUUCGCUGGUCUUGAGUACCGCGCACCGACGGGCCCUCCCAAGGCUGGCUCUGUGUCGACUAACAACGUGUCGUCCUUAGCAUCCCGCUUUGGUAGCCCCGAUAAGAACGGAGCCGCGCCUGCGCCAUCCCCGCGGUCUCGUAUUCCAUCGAUGUCUAGCGAUCGUCGUCGGCUUGGUAAGCACUUGCCUCGUAUCGUGUCAGGCGACCAAGGCUGGGACGGGGAUGCUUCGCGACGUGCUAGUGCCACUCGCAAGUCUUCUGGUCCCAGAAGUCGUAAAGUGUCAAUGGCGACCAACAUGUCUCCUUCCAAGGAGGAGAACACGCCCCCGCCUUCCCUCAACAACAGCGUUAACCAGCCGCCUACGCCUACCCCAUCGAACCGACCGAUAUCGCCUCUCUCGCCGUCGACCACGGUCAACUCGCCGAGCAAGACGCUCUCCAACACGCCGGUGAAGAAGCUUCGACGCGACCUCGUCGGCACGAUCCCCACCCGGCGCACAGAGGUGGCCGGAGCCGAGAUGAAGAAUCUCAUGAGCGCGCUCGGCUCAACCCCGACCCGCGGGCCGAACGUGAAGAGCGGCCAAGGUGUCAGCGGCAUGUCCAACCGCCUGCGCCUGUCGUCUCGUCUGCCUCUUUCUGCUUCCUCGGCUGAGCUGGCGCCGGCUCCCCUGCCUUCCAAGCGCCUCGCUGGCAACAACUGGAUGGACAAGCAACGACAUGCCAUUGCAGCUUACGAGUACCUCUGUCACGUAGGUGAAGCCCAGCAGUGGAUUGAGGGUUGUCUGGAUGAGGAGCUCGACGUAGGUGUUACCGAAAUGGAGGAAGGUCUCCGCGACGGUGUCAUCCUUGCCAAGCUUGCCCGAGUCUUCCAGGGUGAGGAAGUUGUCAAGAAGAUCUGGACCGAGGCCAAGCACCGCUUCCGUCAGACCGACAACAUCAACUACUUCCUGGUCUUCAUCCGCAGCGUCGGCAUGCCCGAGACUUUCAUCUUCGAGUUAACCGAUCUCUACAACGCCAAGAACAUCCCCAAGGUGAUCUUCUGUAUCCACGUUCUGUCCCAUCUCCUCGCUCGUCUCGGGCGGGCUGAGCGCAUGAACAACCUGGUUGGACAGUUCGAGUUCACGGAUGAGCAGCUCGCUGCCACUCAGAAGGGCAUCCAGGGCGUUGCGAUGCCAAAUUUUCAACAGGCUGGGCAGAGUCUAGCUCAGGAGGCUGCCUGGGAGCCUGAAGAAGAGGAAGAAACCGAAGAUGAGCGCCGUGACCGAGAGCUCCUCGAAUGUGAGGACUCAGUUCUUGCCCUGCAGAACCACCUCCGCGGCGUGCUUGCCCGCCAGCGCAAGGCGCGCGUGAAGGCUCAACUGAAGCUGGCGGCUCCCAUUAUCGCCAAGCUCCAGGCUCAGGUUCGCGGCAAUGUCUCUCGCCAGGCCAUUAAGACUGAGCGCAAGAGCCACGACAAGCUUCAGAAAUGGGCCACGCACCUGCAGGCCCUUGCUCGCGGCAACCUCGUUCGUAAGGGCUGGAAGCAAUACGUCGCGAGCGUUCGUGGCGUCGAGCAGCCUAUCGUCGGCAUCCAGGCGCAUGCCCGAGGUCGACUCGCCCGCAUGCGGGCCGCAGUUCGUGCAAAGGAGCUUCAGCGGGUUUCUCACAUGAUGGGAGGUCUGCAAGCUACCUGCCGCGGCCGCCUCGUCCGCCAGAGCAUCAAGCAGGACCGCGUCGCCAUCACCAAACCGGAGGUAAGCUCGGCUAUCACCACCCUCCAGGCUAUCGCUCGUGGACGCCUCCAGCGCAAUACCCUCCGAAACGAGCUCCGUGCUGUUCAUGGCCAUCUGCCCACUUUCGUCGGUAUGCAGAGCCACCUUCGCGGUAUGCUUGUUCGCCGUCGCCAGAAGGCUCAGGAGAAGCGUCUGGACGAUGCCACCGACUACGUCGUGGCAAUCCAGGCCACCGCCCGAGGCUGCAUCGCCCGCCGACGGAAGCGUGUCUUCGCCGACGCCGCUGUUCAGCUUGCACCUUCGGUCUCUUCUUUCCAGGCUCUCGCUCGUGGUCGCCUCGCCCAAAAGCAGCACCAAAACAUGCAGAAGGCGCUCGCCAAGGUCGAAGUAGCUGGAUCGAUCGGUGGUCUCCAGUCGUUCCUUCGUACAAAGCUUGCGAAGAAGCAGACGCACGAGCAGAAGAAGAAGCUCGAGUUUGUCCAGCCUGACGUUGUCGGCUUCCAGGCGGUCGCUCGUGGUUACCUCGCGCGGAGGGAGUACUUCGAGUGGCGCGACUACCUCAUCGACCCCCACACACAGGGUGCUCUCAUCUUCCUGCAGUCGCUCUCCCGAGGUUUCAUCCAGCGUAGGAAGUACUGGUUGCGCCUGUCCUACCUGUAUAACAACCAGGACAAGAUCACCAAGAUCCAGGCUCUGUGGCGUGGUCGCCAGCAGCGCCAAAUGUACGAGCGCCUUAUCACCGGUCACGGAGUCGACAUCCCGACCAUCCAGAACUACAUGCACCUCCUGGACGACACGGAGACCGACUUUUACGACCAGCUCCGCAUCGACGAGAUGCGCAAGAGUGUUGUUGAUCUCCUCCGAGUCAACCAGACGCUCGAGACUGAGGUUCAGGAGCUUGACACCAAGAUCGCUCUCAUCCUCAAGAACAAAAUGUCCUUCGAGGACUUGGUGCGCGCCAAGCGCCGCCACGGUGUCGUCACCGAGGAUGCCUUCCACCCUCCUGGUGGUGGUGACCCCUUCAGCAAUAUCCACCUGGACCGCCAGAGUCAGCGCAAGCUUGAGCUCUUCGAGCACCUUUUCUUCACAUUGCAGACGCAGCCGCAGUACCUCUCUCGGCUGCUGCACAAGCUCUCAAACGAGGAGGACGAGGCUGACCGCCGACUCGUCGAGGCUGUCACCCUGAUCCUCUUCGGCUUCGGCCACGACAAGCGCGAAGCGUAUCUGUUCCACAAGUUCAUUCAGAUCUCUGUCCACGAGCAGAUCCUGCGCUCGCGCAGCCUGGAGGAUCUUGCCAACACGCGCUUCGCCAUCACUUCGGUUACGACGCAGUUCAUCAGGCCGACACUCGCCCCGUACCUGGUGAACGUGCUGCUGCCACACAUCCAGCGUGUUGUGCAGGCCGAGGAGCUCGACUUGUCGACCGACCCCGUGGACAUCUACAACCGAUUCAUUAACAGUGAGGAGAGUCUGACAGGUGUUAGAAGCACCCUGCCCAGAGGUCUCACUGCCGAGCAAGUCCUCCAAACCCACGGAGAGACUCGCGCUCUGUACAUUCAACACCUCCAGGAGCUGCGCGCCCUCACCGACAUGGUUGCCAAGUCGAUCAUGGCUUCCAUCCCGCAGAUGCCGUACGCGCUGCGCCUCAUGGCCCGCGAGGCCCUGUUCGCGCUCCGUGUUCGCUACCAGUGCGAUGACAGCCUUCUCUGGCCCGUCGUUGCGAAGGCGGUCGUCAUGCCCUUCAUCCUGCCGGCCAUUGCGGCUCCCGAGACAUAUGGCAUCGCCGAAAACGUCAACCCUGUCAUGCGCCGCAACCUGAACGCCAUCGCACACCUGCUCGGCCUCAUCGCCUCCCAGGACUUAGGCUUAACGGUCAAGGACAGGCUUGUGCGGGAGCCUCUGCAGGAGUACAUCCGCGUCGCAGGCAAAGAGAUGAGCGACUUCAUCUUCGACGUUGCCGAGGUCGACUUCCAGGUGCAGGAGAUGCUCGAGAGCACUUCGGAGGCGACUCCGAUCAGCAUCACGCGGAAGGACAUUUACGGCCUGCUCGCCAUCCUUAUACGCCACCAGCAGACCAUUACGGCUGGCAAGCCUAAGGACCCCAUCGAGAGUGUGCUCGACCAGCUCGAGGGACCGCCCAUCGACUACGAUCGCAGCAACGCCACUGUUCGUGUGCGAUUGACGAACCGUCUCGCCCAGCUUCAGACGUCUGACCCAGAGGUCGCGCGCGUCCGUGAACUUGAGUCUCAGGCGAAGCGCCACGUGCUCGCCGUCCUCCGCGUCCAGACCGGCAAGGACCUGUACGAGGUUCUGCUUUCGCACCCCACCGAGGCGGAUGAGAACCGAUGGGUUUAUGAGGUGCACCGUGACAUUGCCCUCGAGCAGGCGCGACGAGAGCGCCACGACCUACCGCCGACUCCAGAGGAGGCCGAGUAUCAGAUGGAGAGCAUCCGCUCCCUUCCAUUCCACGAGGUCAAGUCGCGAGCGAUCGAGUUCUGCAUGGCGCUCGUCGAGCUCGGCAAGCUGUCGCGUGAAGACCACCUGCAGGGUCUUCUGGUGUCUAUCGCGUGCGACAUCCGCGAGAAGCACCGCCUGCGUCAGAAGCGCAAGGUGGACCUUGCGGCUAUGAGCGAGGCGCAGGCGCAUCUGACGGAGAAGCGCUCAAAGUUCGAUGAGCAGAUCCAGUCGUACCACGACUACAUAGACACGUCGAUGGCGGCGCUGCAGCAGAAGAAGAAGGCGCCGAUCCUGUCCAAGCAGUACUGGCGCACGUUCGGCGGCAAGAAGUCCAAGUUUGGCACGUACAAGUACUCUGCCGCCGAGCUGUACGAGAAGGGCAUCCUUCUCAGUGUGGCGCAGUUCAGCCCGCGCCAGUUCGACAAGCUGCACGUUAUUAUCAGCUCGAACGACGUCGGUGUGGUUACGCUCGAGAUGACGGGACACGGAAACGCGUACAUUGGCAAGGAGGAGAUGCGCAUGGAGGACCUGCUCCAGGCGCAGUUCGACAACAAUGUCCGUCUCGACCUCUUCGACAGCAUCGCCGCGUUCAACCUGAACACGCUCAUCCACCAAAUCAACAAAAAGUUCUACUCCGCGUAA